UGGUGUUGUGUGGAUCGGUGUUUCUCAAUAAAAUCAUUUGAGAGACUUGUCUCUUUUUUCUUACCAUCAAACACCGAAAAACCAAUCCCCUAUUCACCUUCAGCCGCCGCCACCCCACCGAAUCCCUUCUCCGAUCUCCGGCCAUCACUACUAUUACUUUCUUUGGUGGGGUUAGUGCGAGUGGUUGAAGAUUUAUCUCUAUCUGAUGGGUUAAAUCUCUGACCCUUUUUAUUUCCGACCCACCAUUCUGGAUAACCCACCAAUCGGAAACAUUGGUCUUUGGUGUGUCUCUUCAGGCCCAUUCAUCACAAGUAAGAUGUGAUUUAUCAUCUUGAAUCACUGAUUUUUGUUUGUCACUACUUUGAUUAAAUCGUUUGGUGGCAAACCCGAAUCCAUCUUCUUCCUUAACCACUAAUCCGGUGGCUAUGCCUUGUGCUCCUUCAACGGCGGCCGUGGUGGUGGUUUCUCCCAAAAUUUGUUGGUGAGCGACCUCUUUCCUUAUGGUUGCAUAUGCGGUUUUAGCCGCCGGCAAAGGGUCGAGUCGAAGGAUUUCUCUUUUGACCGAUUCAAACUUCUGAUCUAAUCCACUUAAAAAUUGAAACAAUUUUUGAUCGGAUCGAAUCUUAUUAUAGGCUUUGAUGUCUUCUGGACACUUCAUUGGAUUCGGAUCGAUACGAUCAAUCUCGCCCCAAAUCCCUUGAAGUGAAAUCCAAAAGUCUUCGAUGGGUUUGUUGGUUUGUUUGAUUUCGUUGGCUUUAACAUGAAGAUUGUAAGCUUGUAACUUAUCCUUGCCACUACUAUAAGUAGUGACGAGAGCAUCCCACAAGUCUUUGGCGGUGGAAAACUCGGUCAAGUUUCCGGCAAUAUUUGGCUCUAUAUUUUGGAUGAGCCAAGAGAAUACAAUAAGAUCCUCUUGCUCCCAUGUUUCAAACUUUUCGGAUGAGGCUUUCUCAGGAGAAUCAUUAAUACCUAACCUUUCAGAAUCAUCAUCUUCAUGGCGGAUGCCGCAGAGUGCAUAGUUAUCGGUGUCGAUAAUUCUCGUUGGGUGCCCCCUGACUCUGAUAUCUUUCGGAAUCUAUGUGAGGCUAUUGAAUUCUAUUGCAGAGCCAAAUUUAACGAAAAUCCAGAUACUGUUGCGGGCUUAUACGCAAUGGGUUCCUUUGAUUCUAGACAUUUGGUUUAUCCCACCCGAUCUAUUGAAGAUUUAGUUGCUAAGUUCCCAUGUAUGAAUGCCGGCUGUGGUCAGGUGGACCUUUUAGGCAUGUUCUCAUUUGGCUGUAUGCCCUUGGUAAAACGCUUCGGUCAACAUAGUAAUAAGAAAAAGAGACUCGUUGUUUUCGUUGGAGGGCUUUCGAAUCUGUCUAUGCUAUUUGCGGAGAGAACUGCAAAGACAUUUACAGACAUGGGAUAGCUAUUGAUGUUAUCUACUUCUAUAUGGGUGAAACACCCAUAUAUCCUUUUUCUAAGUACCCAUGUGGAAGAAAGGAGCUUGAGGCGUUAAUUAAAUUGUGCAAUGAUUAUGACAAAGGCAACCACCGCUUUGUAUACGUUGGAUCACGUUCUAUUCUUGACGCCGUGUCCAGUUUAUUAAAAGUAACUCCCUUUCAGUCCGAGGAACAGAAGUCCGGUUUAUUAAAUGCCUGCAUAUAUGGGGAACUAAAAGGAGAGCUGUAGAGGCCUGAUGCAUGCAUGCUGCCUAUUUGUCACCCUUUAUAUUGGUUGUUCAACGGAUCAUUAUAUGUGAAUGACUUAUUUUUACCGUUAAGCACCAAUAAAGGAACCUUAUCCCAUUUGGGCUUCCUCUCAUGUUACUGGAUGUGUGUUCUGUCGAAUGCAGCAGCAAUAAAGGAACCUUAUCCCAUAUGGGUUGAUUAAAGUAUACUAGAAAUAUCUGGACUUUUGCAGUUUUGCCACUAUGUCUUACUGUUUUGUAAUUAUUUCAAGAUUUGAACCAGACUACUAAAUCUUAACUGAUUAAACUA